GCGCCGCCAGCGGCCGAGGGAGCGUGACUGCGCUGCGCAGGGCGCUAGGAGGCAUUGUCGCCGCCCAGGUCCCCUUUUGAGCAGCAGACCGGCCUGGUGGCUGGCAGCAGAAGACCCUUGUCUGCAUGCUGAAGAAGAUGGGUGAGGCUGUGGCCAGAGUUGCGAGGAAGGUCAACGAGACGGUGGAGAGCGGCUCCGACACCUUGGAUCUGGCUGAGUGCAAGCUGGUUUCCUUCCCCGUCGGCAUCUACAAGGUCCUGCGGAAUGUCACCGACCAGAUCCACCUCAUCACGCUGGCCAACAACGAGCUCAAGUCCCUCACCAGCAAGUUCAUGACCACGUUCUGUCAGCUCCGAGAGCUCCACCUGGAAGGGAACUUCCUGCACCGUCUCCCCAGCGAGGUCAGCGCCCUGCAGCACCUCAAGGCCAUCGACUUGUCCCGGAACCAGUUCCAUGACUUCCCUGAGCAGCUCACCACCCUGCCUGCCCUGGAGACCAUCAAUCUGGAGGAGAACGAGAUCGUGGCAGAUGUGCCUGUAGAGAAGCUGGCCGCCAUGCCCGCCUUGCGCAGCAUCAACCUCCGUUUCAACCCGCUGAACGCCGAGGUGCGCGUCAUCGCCCCGCCACUCAUCAAGUUUGACAUGUUCAUGUCUCCGGAGGGCGCGCGGGCGCCCCCACCGUAGGCCUCCCCCCUCCUGCCCACCCACCAAGGGACAGAGGCCACCUGGCAUGGCACCCUGAGGGAAGGGAGUCCCAAGGCCCAUGGGAGGCCAAGCUUGGGGGGCUGGGGACGGGUGGGCCGCACAGCGUGGUGGGGGGUGCAGCUGGUCCAGGAUAGAUAGCUUAGAGCAAUAGCGGGCCCUGGAAUGCCCAGAGGGAGGAGGCGAGGUGGGGGCUGGAGCCCGGACUCCUGGUACUCACAGCUUCUGUGCAAACCUGGGCAGACCCCCACCAUCUCUGAGCCUUGUUAUUUGGGAAAAGGGGUGGAGGGGGGCCUUUGCCUCUUUUAGGCUCCUUGGAGGCUCUUUAGGCAACACGUGCCCCCAAGUCACCCUCAAAUCCUCGGGCGCCUUCUGAGCCCACAGACAAGCAUCGCGGAGCAUUUCCUGGGCCCCUGUGAGGUUGAGGCCUUGUUUCUAGUGGUGAGAGCCAGUCGCUGCCCUGAGCAGAAUAGAGGACAACCUCCAUCUAUUUAUUGCUUCCUGAGGACCCGCCGGAUAAGGCCUUUCCCAGUGCCCCAACCUCACCCUGUGGGUCUCUGCAAGGGUGGGAAUGCUGUGGAGAGAGUGUGGCCGGCACUGCAGCAGAGCUGAGGAUGGUUACAUAGGAGCCCAAGGCCUGUCAGGCCAGGGGACCGGGGAACAAAUCGAGUCGGCUCUGUCCUUCCUCAUGAUGUCGGUGGGGUGGGAAGUUCCGAGUGCUCCUCGGGACUGAGCAGGUGUGCCUGGCCUCACCCUUUGAGCCACAGGAGAGGUGGCCCAGAGAGAAACAAAGCCAUGUGUGCCUGUGGCUCUGGUCCCGGGUAAUUAGAUGGCCACUCCCACCACGUUCUCCCUCUGGCUGCCUUGUCUUUGGUCUACCUGGGGGCAGAAGACACCACAGACUAUUGGAUUUAUGGCUGGCCAGCUCCCAGGCCACCAUCCAAAGCCCUGCUGACCUAGUCAUUUCUAGGCCCUCAACCUGGAGUCUAGGAUGUGGCCAGGCAAUAGGGUGACCAACCAUCCCUGCUUGCCCAGGACUGAGGGGUAUCCCAAGAUGUGGGACUUUCAGUGCUAACACUGGGACAGUACCAGCAAACAGGGACAACUGGUCCUCUUACCAGGAAGGAGCCUGGGGCUCUUGCUUUAUGACAACGUCUGUGGUUUGUAGAACCCCUGACCUCUUGAUCUCCAGGAAUCUACCUUCUCAUCUGUGGAGCAAGCAGACUCAGAGCCCAGAGCCCCUCUGGUCUGGACCUACCUUUGUCUUGGUCUGUGGGAGACACCUGAGGCCCCAUGAUUUUGGGCAAGCCAGGCCACCCACAUCCUAUGUCCAUGGACCGAUAGCCACUCUUCUACUCCUAGGAUUAAGGUGUUCAGAGCUCAGAGCACUAACCCUUUCUCAGAAUGUUCCCAUUCCCUUUAUCCCCGGCCUUGGGGCCUGCCCCUGCCCAGGCCUCUUGUCUCUUGGCAAGAAGCCAACAGCUUGGGCCAUUGUUGGCCCAUCACUGAGCACUCAGUGUCCCAAGAGAUGCUUUGUUCACUCUGCUUAUCUCACAAGGCCUGGCUGGCCAAGCUCUGGGAAAGCAGUUUUCAGGGUGAAGAGGUCCAGAUGGAGCUCCAGGGUUACAGAGUUCAGCUGUGGACACUGGGGACAAGGGGGGCUGCAGUAGUCCAGGCUGGCCUGGUCCCACCCACCCUGUGUCCUGGAGUGCAGUUUCUCUUUGUUGAAGAGGGGUGCACUUUUCUGAUAUGCACAAUGGCAUCGUGUGGCCAGAACCUUGCAUCUCAAAGUGUGGUCUGUGGACCGGCAGCAUUGGCAUCCAUGGGAGCUUGUUAGGAAUGCAGAAUCCCAGGCCCCACCCCAGACCCCUGGAAUCAGAACCUGCGUUUCCACAAGAUCCCGAGCGACUCCUGUAAGCACUUUACAGUUUGAGAAGCAAGGGCCUGGGAGUGACCCUGGGGAUGUCCUCGGCGUGGAGGGUGAAUGUUCUCUGCCCUACCCUGCCGCCCCAGGGCUCAGAGUCUGUGUUCCCCCUCCCUAAACCAGCCCCGGGAGACCCUGAGCCUCUUAGAACUUUUCAGAGUCUGCGUGGCACUCCCAGUGAAGAGAGUAACCGGAAGUCACCAGGAGAUGAGGGUCAGGUUUGCCUGGCCCUCUGGACACCGCCUUUCUGGUUAACCUCUGCAUGCCAAGCUCCUGCUUCCCCAGGUCCUCACCUCAGACCGUUGAAGGGGUUGCUUCUGGAAGCUGUUUUCUUUCUGCUUGGCAAUUUUGCCCUUGCCUUUCUGGGAAAGCUUGGGCAGUCAGAGAAGCCCCCAAAUCAGAGCCCGCAGUGUGAGUGAGCCCUUAGCUUCAGUCUGCAAUAAAGAGUGCGUUGGUUUCA